UGUAACAGCGCCAUGGCUUCGCUGGUAUGUUUGUGGAUGGCCUUGUUGGCGCUGGGUCUCGGGGCUUGUUCCCCAGCAGCGGCCGAGCUCGGGGAUGCGUCCAUGGCGGAGAGGCACGUCGAGUGGAUGGCGCGGCAUGGGCGCGCGUACAAGGACGCUGCCGAGAAGGAGCAGCGUCUCAGGAUCUUCAAGUCCAACGUGGAGUACAUCGAAUCCUUCAAUGCAGGGAAGCGCAAGUACCAGCUGGCCGCCAAUCAGUUCGCCGACCUCACCCACGAGGAAUUCAAGGCCAUGCACACCGGCUUUAAGCCUUCGGGAACAGGUGCGAAGAAAGCAGGCAAUGGCUUCAGGCAUGGGAGUCUCUCCUCUGUUCCAGAUAGCGUGGACUGGAGGAGCAAAGGUGCAGUCACUCCCAUCAAAGACCAAGGCCUAUGCGGAUCUUGUUGGGCGUUCACUGUAGUAGCCGCAGUGGAGGGGAUCACCAAGAUCGCAACCGGCAAGUUGAUCUCGCUGUCAGAGCAACAGCUCGUGGACUGCGACGUCCAUGGCAAGGACCAAGGAUGCCAGGGCGGCGACAUGGACGCCGCCUUCGAGUUCAUCGUCAACAACGGCGGCAUCACCAGCGAGGCCAACUACCCGUACGAGGAAGUCCAACGACUCUGCAACGCCCACAACGCCUCCUUCGUGGUAGCCACCAUCGAGAGCCACGAGGACGUGCCCACGAAUGACGAAAAAGCACUUCGCAAGGCCGUGGCCAACCAGCCGGUCUCUGUUGGAAUCGAUGCAGGCUCCUCGUUAGACUUCCAGCUCUACUCGGGUGGUGUCUUCUCCGGCGAGUGCGGAACGGAUCUGGACCAUGCGGUGACGGUGGUCGGAUAUGGCACCACGAGCGACGGCACCAAGUACUGGCUGGCGAAGAAUUCGUGGGGAGAAACUUGGGGUGAGAAUGGAUACAUUAGGAUGGAGAGGGAUGUGGCGGCCAAGGAGGGCCUCUGCGGAAUCGCCAUGCAAGCUUCCUACCCGACAGCAGGAACACCGAGGACUCAAUCUUCGUCGGCGACGGCGGCCGAGAGUAUUCUGCACGCUUGGUUUAUGCUCUUGUGUGUCAUCGUCGUGUGUGUCGUCGUCACUUAACCAUAUGCAAGCGUCAUGGUCUUGCCAGCAGUUGGUGUG